AUGGCGAUGCUCGAAGAAAAUUUCGACAAAUCCGUCAAGGUCAUAAUUGUAGGAAACGGCACCGUCGGAAAAUCAUCGUUGAUCGCCAGAUUUGCUGAUGGCAAAUACACCAGCGAUUACAAAAAAACCCUCGCCGUUGAUUUCAUCGAAAAAACUCGGCAAAUAAAAAAGAAAGACGGCGGGGACGAUACUGUCACAUUCUUCCUUUGGGACACGGCAGGACAAGAGGAAUACAACAGCAUCACUCGGGCGUACUACCGAGGAGCACGCGCCGCCAUAAUUGUCUUUUCUACAACUGACCGAGCUAGCUUCCAUGCAGUUCGAGAGUGGCACAGACAUGCAAAACUAACGAGGUUCACCAUGUUCCCAUAA